GGGCUUUUCCCCAUUUCAAAAAUGGCAACUGCUGGAGCUGCUAUACCCGUGACUUUACUGCUGCUCCUCGGAGCCCUGCUGUCCGUACAGUCGGCACCCGGUAGCAUGGACGGCCGUGUGGUUGGUGGUGUGGAUGCAUUGAAGAAUCAAUUCCCUCAUCAAAUCUCCUUGAGAAAUGGCGGUUCCCACAGCUGUGGAGGCUCAAUCCUGUCGAGGAACUUCAUUUUGACCGCUGCCCAUUGUGUGACCAAUGAGGAUUCCGAUGGAAAGUAUGUGGCUGUCGCUGCGGAACGUCUCUCCAUUCGUGCGGGAAGCAAUGAUCGGUUCAGUGGCGGAGUUCUUAGCCAGGUGGUCGAGGUGAUCUUCCACGAGGGCUAUGGCAGUCAUCUUCGUAAUGAUGUGGCCCUGCUGCGUCUGGACACACCGCUGAUCUUCUCAUCCAGCAUUCAACCGAUUUCUCUGCCCACGGCCGAUACUCCAGCGGAUGUGGAUGUCAUCAUCUCUGGAUGGGGUAGACUCUGGCAUCAGGGUGAUCUGCCACGUCAUUUGCAGUACAACACAUUGAAGUCGUUGUCCUUGGAGAGGUGCGACGAGCUGAUUGGCUGGGGAAUCCCCGGUGAGCUGUGCCUCAUUCAUGCGGCUGAUAAUGGAGCCUGCAAUGGAGACUCCGGUGGUCCGGCCAUUUACAAUGGUCAGGUGGUUGGUGUGGCCGGAUUCGUGUGGUCCGCCUGUGGUACAAGCAAUCCUGAUGGAUACACCAGGGUGUACUACUUCAAUGACUGGAUUAGGGCUCAUUCGGAUGUUCAGUAAAGAAGAAAAGGAGGCAUAAAAUUUCAGUAAAUAAAUAAACUAUAUAACUA